CCUUUCCUCUGAGACAUUUUGUUGGGUUCCUGUUAGUCUUUACCCUCGGAAUUGAAAUAUUAGUUCUCAGUUUUUUCUACCGCUAUAUGCUAACGGCGGGACUUAUUGCAUUUGCGGGUUGGCCGUUUCUCACACAGCUGUGGACUCAAGCAAAGAUCACCUCACUGAGUUGGACUUUCUUCUCUUUGCUCCUGGCAGUGUUCCCGCUGAUGCCGGUUGUAGGUCGAAAGCCAGAUAUCUCUCUAAUGCUGAGCACAGUGCUUUCCAUGUAUGUUGUAUAUAGCACCCAUAGUAGUCUACUCAAGAAACAAGGACUGCCUCUUAUGAAUCAAAUUGUUAGCUGGACAACAUUAGGUAAGAGGCUACACAAACCAAAUAAGGUUUUUUUCUUAGUGACAGCAUUUUUUGGAACUGGAAAUAUAGCUUCUAUUAACAGGUACGAAGCUCUCUUUCCAUUAGUGUUGUCAUGUUUGAUGUUUGUCUGGAUAUACAUGGAACGAGAAACCCUACAACGAUCUGGUGUUUCCUGUAAACAGAAGCUCACCAGUAUCCAAUUCUCCUAUAAUACUGAUAUAACUCAGUUUCGGCAGCUCUAUCUGGAUGAUAUCCGUAGGGCCUUUUUCCUUGUAUCCUUUGUUGAGAUUUCUAUUUUAAUCCCCUUUGUUCUUGUUAUGUGUGCUUUUGAAGCUGUUCAGUUAACUACUCAGUUAUCAUCAAAAAGCCUUUUUCUCAUCGUUCUCAUCAUAUCAGACACCAUGGCUUUGCAUUUUUUCUUCUUGGUCAAGGAUUAUGGCAGCUGGCUUGAUAUUGGAACAAGCAUCAGCCACUAUGUGAUUGUCAUGUCCAUGACCAUCUUUCUGGUGUUUCUCAAUGGCCUGGCACAGCUGCUCACGACAAAGAAACUCAGACUAUGUGGCAAACCCAAAAGCCAUCUCAUAUGAUGUUGCUGAAGCCAUUAUUCAGCAUAUGGAUCCUGUUUCGCCUUCUCCUUUUAAACUAAAAUCCCAUCAAGGAUUCAAUAAGAAGAUGGAUAUUGAUGAACAGCUAUGCUACUC